AGUGUUGUUAAGGAUUUCCUUAAUCCAUGCUAAUGCACUGCUAAUUCAUGUGCAGUGCUUCUGUAUGCUAAAUAGUGUUUCCUGAUUUGGAGGAGAAAUGCUUCCAUUAACUCUUGUGGUUUAUCUAGGUUCCCAAAUGCCAACUAUGUGUGCUACAAUGCUGUUGGAGUACUAUUGUCUUCCUCAUAUGCUUUGCCAAUGUCAUAACAUCUUUAUUGUGUUAAGAUUAAUGCUAGUUCUUAUACACUGUUCUCAAACAAGCUAGCUGUAUAACUGUAUAAAGCAAACUUUAAUGUUCUGGAAUUUGUAUAACCUGAGGAGUGUGUUUUCACUGGAUUUGGAUAGCAGAACUUUGCAAAUGCUUGGGGUGUUAAACUGCUGCUGCUCAGGGGAUAAGUAUUGAUUUCAGUCAUUACAGCCUGUGUUACAAUGACCUUGAGUUCCAGUCCAGAUUUGAAAAUAAUGAGUUCAAAUCAAGUGUACCUUUCUCUUAUGUAGCCUAGCCUGUCACCUGAGGAAAUAGUAACAUAAAGUGUUUUUGAGGAAAUUGCUUUGUUGAUUUUGAAUAAUAAAACUCUGGUAGAGUUAAAAUGAUAGAGCAUAAUACUGUCAGAGUUACAAGUUAAUUGUCAUUUGUAGUUGCUACAAGUUCUUAUUGAGGAGUGGUUUUGUUUGUUUAUCUUAAUGUUCUUGGGACGUCUUGCUUGUGAAUGGUAUGCAACUAUGCUUUAGCAAGUUAGUUAUCCAGUUAUUAAUGUUCCUGACUGUCUGUUUUAAAAAUACUUGGCACUCAAAUUCAUCUUAUUUUGUUAUAAUUACUAUUCUAGGGAAAAUUUGACUGAACUACUAUGUCUUUUUUCUUUUUUUUUUCUUAAGUGGUAUUUUUUUUUCCUGAGUGCACUACAAAAUAUUGAGCGUUGAAUGCCUGUGUGCAUCACUUGUACACUUCAGAAGUUUUAAUUAAAAAACUGAGGCAUGAAAAAAAUGACAUUUUUAAAGGGAUACCUUUAACAAAACAAAGACCUAAGCAAUGUGACUUUUUUUUUUCCACGGGAGAAUGGCAAAUGCCCAAAGUAGGCCUCCUCCAGGCUUAAGGAGCCACUUUCUUAAAAUUCGACCCCUUCUCUUACAUGAUACAAGUGGUUGAAAACACCAAAAGCAGGGCAACAGUUUUAUAUCGAGAUAGAUCUCAACAAGGAGAUUUAAGAUUAUGGAAAAAGCAUUGUGUUCUCCACACACAAAAAAACAAACUUAACUUUUCUUACAAACUGUAAGAUCAGUUUUGUCUUCUGCAUUUACCCUUAAUACGUACAAAUCAUGCAUAUGAAAAAUUAAUGUAUGUUGUCUUAAGAUAAAACUUUUUCUGUACAAAUAUAGAAAUGCCCUUUCAGUGAAACUGGAUUUAAACACUGUCAUACAACUUGUUUUCAAAGACUAUAAUCUCUCUUUGUUCCUAAAUCGGUUUCAAGUAGUUUUGGUGGAGAAACUUGCAAUUCUUAAGCAGGUUGCUCUGCUUUAGUUUUAUCAUAUGACCAACAGCAGGGAUGUGGUCUUGGAGGAUGCGGUCUUUCUUGCAGUGGGAGAACACAAGCUGCGGGAUGGUGGAGAAGGUUUCUGAAUUCUGUUAGACCCCAGCUGUACACCCAGUCCAGCCUUAACUCAUUGCUUAGUUGAGUGAUAAAGCCCUGGGAAGAUUUUGUAAUCUGGGGUAAAGGAAAUUUUUGAGAUUCCUGCUUUAAGGGAUGAACCAUGGCAGAUCUGUGCAUAUAGCUUGAAUGAGGCUGUCAUAGAAGUUUGAAGAAUAUUCCUACAAGGCAUGCCCUUGGUACUUGGGAUUUUGGGGGUUUUGUUUUGUUUUUUGUUUGGUUGCGGUUUCUGUUUUUAUUCUUCAAAGUGCACGUACUUUAAGGUAAACAAAAAUAGGAAGGAUUAAUUAAAAUAGCAAAGAUGAAACCUAGAUUUCAAAACUGAUGUGAAUCUUAUUUUGCACUUGCAGUUUAGUUAUUUCUUUAAAAAUAACGGUUAUUGGCUACUAAAGUUUUCCUUUUUUAAGCAAGGUAGCAUUUUUAUCUGCACUAAUUAUGAGAAUGAAAGAGCGUGACGUACAUUCAGGUUUUUUUUUACUUAUCCUACAAAAUAAUAACUGUCACUUCUAAUUUAUUCAUUUUUAAUUUAGAUUGAUAGUCUAAAAGUGAUAUAUUACAUUUGUGUUAUCUCCAGGGCGCUGGAUACAUAACAAAGUAUGUAAAAUGCCUUGUCUUUAAAUAGUUUACCAACCAGAAAUAUUUUCAUUGUUCAAUGAGCUGAACUGAUUUUUUUUUUUCCUCCUCAUCUUCCCCUUCAAGAUUUUAGAACCAUUAGCUUUUAGCUUCUUUUACAUAGUUCCUAUUCUUAAACUUGAUGUGGAAAACAAGCUUUACUGCUCUUCCAGCCUCUAAUCAAUUUCUCGGCAGUAAAUGAACUGGUUAUAACCUGAACUGGGUGAGUAAUCUGAAAUAAAGAAAUUUAUAAGUGUAUAUCUACAGAAUUCAUAAUCUUAAUGGCUUGCUUCUCUUUAGCCACAUAUGGAGAGCAGAUUGCUGAUAGUUACACCUGGCACAGAAGAAAAGUUUAAUGCAACAAGAGUAUGUGUUGUCCAGUUUGCCACUGGGAAUUACAGAUCAAAAAUGUUUCAUUUUCAUGCUGCGGUGGUUUUGAAGAGGAUGGAAUCUGUUGUUCUGCUGGUCCUGAAGUUCUCAUGUGAUUUAGUCAAGCUGUAGGCAAUUUUUACGUCGCUUUCUAAAAUAGAGUUUUUACUUGGAAUUUAUUUCCCUUGGGGAAAUAUAGUAGUAUGUGGGAGGGGGAGAAUUUAUGAAGUUGCUGGCUUUUUUGUGUGUAUUCUAAAGCUUUCAGGGUAAUACAUCUGAAGAAAAUAUUGUAUUGGGGGGAAGAGGGGCGUUUGCCAUAAUGAUUUAAACAUUUUACAGAGCAAAACAUUAAAAUGGAAUUUGUGUACUUUUGUUUUGUUUUCCAAUGUUAGCAAGAAGGCUCAUUGUGUGCUCAGCACUGUCUGAAUAAUUUGCUGCAAGGGGAGUAUUUUAGUCCUGUUGAGUUAUCCUCUAUUGCACAGCAGCUGGAUGAGGAAGAAAGAAUGAGAAUGGCAGAGGGAGGAGUGUCUAGUGAAGAAUACAGAACAUUUUUACAGCAGCCUUCUGUAAAUAUGGAUGACAGUGGAUUCUUCUCAAUUCAAGUUAUAAGCAAUGCCUUGAAAGUUUGGGGUUUAGAACUAGUCCUCUUCAACAGCCCAGAGUAUCAGAGCCUUGGGAUCGACCCUAUAAAUGAAAAAUCAUUUAUUUGUAAUUAUAAGGAACACUGGUUUACAGUUCGAAAGUUAGGAAAACAGUGGUUUAACUUGAACUCUCUCUUGAUGGGUCCAGAACUAAUAUCAGAUACAUAUCUUGCACUUUUCUUGGCUCAAUUACAACAGGAAGGUUAUUCCAUAUUUGUAGUAAAAGGUGACUUGCCAGACUGUGAGGCUGAUCAGCUAUUGCAGAUGAUUCGGGUACAGCAGAUACAGCGACCAAAAUUAAUUGGAGAAGAGACAGCACAGUCAAGAGAUCAGAGGCUGCCCAAAAGUAAUGUGGACCAAGCAAUAGAAGUUAACCAUCCUUUUGAUGGAACAGGCAUGUUAGAUGAAGAUGAGGAGAAUUUUCAAAGAGCCCUGGCCCUAAGUAGACAGGAAAUUGAUAUGGAAGAUGAAGAAGCUGAUCUUCGUAGAGCCAUUCAACUCAGUAUGCAAGGAAGUCGUCGAAGUGAGUUCUUGGACUCAGUACCACAGAAUUUUCCACAGUCACCUCAUACCAGUCAGUCAGAUUCCCUUUCAUCAGAAGAACUGCGAAGGAGAAGACAAGCGUAUUUUGAAAAGCAGCAGCAACCACUACGGCAACAAGAUCAGACCCAAAACCUACAUGAUAAACCAACUAGAAGUUUGAGCACCCUGGAAGCUGACCCAGGAGGUGAUAUGAGUGAAGAAGACAUGCUUCAAGCAGCCAUGAAUAUGUCUCUGGAAACUGUUAGAAACCACUUGAAUACAGAAGAGAAGAAAUGACAUCACAACUUUUUUCCUCUGUUGUCAAAACACUAAAUCUCCAUUAUAAUUUUACUGUGUGGAUGUUGAAAAAAAAUGAGGGGUGGGGAAAGGAGAAAGGGAAGGGGGGGCAGGAAGUCAGAGGUUUAGAGGGAAUUUGCAAAUACCAAAAAGAUCUCGCUGUUCUAUAAAAUUAUAGCACUCAUUCAGAACAUCUGUUCACAAAAGUAGUUGUGUUAAAAUCAUUCAAACUAUUCACAUGAACAAAGUUAGAUGUAUAAAAAGUUAGAGUUGUAACUUGCAUUUAAAAAGCAAGUUUAAAUAGUUUUGAAGAAUUCUACACAAAAUAUGUAAAUGGGGGAACUGCAUCAACUGAUUUUCUUCACUUAUGCAAAAAUACAUACCAAUAGUAUAUAUAUUGUGCUUAAUUGCUCCUUUAAAAAAAAAAAAACUUGGGAAAAAGAAUUCUGUUUAUCUUAGGUAACUUUAUUUUGUGAUUUAUUUUAUUAUUUUUGAUCCUGCUAUCCAGUUGUGAAACCUAUUCUGCAGGAGAAACCUGAAUUUAGUGCUUGGUAAUUCAGAGAAAACCUCCAGGGUGUUAAUUAUAAUGUUACUCCUAAAUCUUGUAAUGAUUUCUGACUUCCUAACGCUUUUUAUUUUUACUUUCAGUUCCAGCUAUAAAGCCUUUUUAGAUCCAUCUUUUAAAGUAGAAUUCUUGCUUUCCCGUUUUGUCUUUGGGCAAGUAAUUUUUGUUUUUUUAAAUGUCCUAUUUAGCUAUGCCAUUGUCUCUACUAGCGUAGUAUGUAAUCAGAUGGGUUAACAGUUUUGUUUUUGUUUUUCUUUCUUCCCCCUACCUCCUCUGGAGUCUUCUCCCCACCCCCCUUUUUAAUCUCAGCCCUUCAUUCUGGCUUCUCAAUAUGAUAAAGCUGUAACUGAGUCUAGGAGAAAAGUGGAAGAUGUAGGCGCCAUAAAAUCAGUGCCCCACACCUAAGGUGCAUUCCUGCAGUCUGAAAUGAUCCCUGUGCAAUAGCUCUUUUGAGACUGAAUAUUUAUGUCUGUGUGGAUGUUCCUUCUGAAAUGCUUUUUAUGAGUGUCUGUCAGAAUGUUGCAGCUUUUUCAGGAAUGGCAUCUAUUCAUGCACCUUACAGUUUUUUUAUCAUGCUAUUUCUGAUCCUGAAGAAAAUCAGGGAGUGAAGUAUGGGAGCUAGCUUAUUCCAUUGGUUGUGAGACAUUUAUUUUAAUAUCCAGGGUGAAUGUGUAAGAGGUUGACCAAACUUUACUUUCAGUUUUAGUGCAGCAGUUCAGAUGCGUUUCAUUUUCCUAAGUGGUGCUUGAAAUAAAAUUCUGUUUACAUGUAAGUUAUAUGGGAAUAUGUUGUAGAUCCAGUGUGCAAGCUGUACUGCACUUAAUGCAUUAACAGUUAGCACAGACAUUCUAAGAAUAGUCUUUUGAAAAUAAACCUGAAUUUCUUUACCAAAAUAUCCUAAAAUUAUUCAUUGCACAGUAGUAACAUUUAAUUAAAAUUAGUUUGAGCUGAACAGUAGUUAGAUGGAAACAUACAUUCAGCAUCGAGUUGUACUGUACAUGAAAGGGCUUUUACCUCUCAUAAAGAUUUGUUUACAGCAAUGAUUUCUUGAUAACUUAGAAUAUUAUUUUAAUAAACGGGCUAAAUUCUGUUUUCCUUA